CUCCAACAUCUUGUAGAGAGCCUUCCCAGAAGAGUGGAAGCUGUUCCAGCUGCAAAGGGGGACCAACUCCAUAUUAAAGCCUAUGGAUUUAGAAUGGGAGGCCAGAAAACCUCCUGUAGGUGUAACGUGUAUUUACCUCUACCUGCUUUGUUAUCGUAUUCAAAUUAUCGAUGAUGUUUAUCAAAAAUCUCUGCAUCAGUAGAAACACCAGUGGCUAUCUCUACUAUGUCACAAUUUCGAGGUUUUCAGCUGAAGAUUUUGUGAUAUUUGAUUUUGUCCAUAUCACCCUGCCCUCGGUUGGUUCCUUCACUCAUUCAUUUCAUUAUUCAUGUUCACUGCCAGCAGAUCCCUUUGCAGUGAGCUGAGCUGGUUGAGACGGUAACAGCACCACCAGUCAGGCCGACGUCUCAUCUGCCUCUGAUUGGCCGCUGUGCUCUGCCUCUGGCUCCACAGUAACAUCGGCCCUGUUCAUCUGUCUGGAGCAAACAGCCAGCGCUGGAACUGCCUUUCACACUGACUUGACGUCCCUGAGUUUGGCAGGGGUAAUGAUGAUGAGGAUGAUGGUGAUAUGUAACACUGGACAGUGACAUAUCUGACAAAUCUGCUGUACACACACACACACACACACACACACACACACACACACACACACACAUAACUUUCACUUUUGUGGCAGAGAUGGAGGGAGCUGGUCAAGGUGGAAGAAAUGGCCCUGUGUUUCUGGAUCUCCUCCAAAUACAUCUUUUACUCUCACAGGCUGAAUGCACCAUCUGGACAUCUGCAGCUAUGGGCUCUGUAAUCCUGGUGUAACCUUGCUGGGGCGGCAAGGCACUUAACGAAUAGACUGCUGCGGUUUGCCCUCCAGAGGAGAACAUUAAACAGGUGAAGCUGAACGCAACUCUCAUUAGUUACAGAUGCAGUCAGCCGCCGCUCACCAGAGACUGGAGCCAGGGAACUGAAAGCUUCCACAGCUAUUGCCGCUGACACUCCAGAGACCCUUAAAGGAUGGCUCAGGCUCGGUGACUGGCUACAAGCUCAAUGGAAUUUACUGUGCUGCUGGGGAUCAUGGAGAUAAGAGGAAGACUCCAGUCUGUUCUCCAACCUGGGGGAUUAUAGCUCUGUUUUGCUUCUUUUUCAGGCGGCUGUUUGUGGUUGUACUUCAUAAUGUACUUUUAAUGUGUCAAUAAUUUUGGAUUGUGCGUUAAACCUGGAUCCAAAAUGUAACUGUGCUUCUGCUUGACGAGCCAGAUUGGUGCACUUUUGAAGAUGUUUUAAAUUCCUCCAAUUAAGUUCUUCACUGCAGAGAUUUCAAGUGGCACUAGUUUGGAUAGCACCGUGUGACCUUGUACCCUGCGCGUCGUGUGGCCGUCCCCCAAAAUAAAGUGAGCCAAUCAUGGCCAGCAUGGCUGUCCAGCUCCUCGGCUUCUUCCUGGGGCUGCUGGGGUUUCUGGGUACUGUAGUUGCAACAGUGCUCCCUCACUGGCGCAGUAUGGCCCACGUGGGCUCCAACAUCAUUACAGCCACUGCCUACAUGAAGGGCCUGUGGAUGGAGUGUGUAUGGCACAGCACGGGCAUCUACCAGUGUGAGCUGCACCGAUCUCUCCUGGCACUGCCUCCUGACCUGCAGGCUGCACGGGCACUAAUGGUGCUCUCCUGUAUCACCUCUACCCUGGCUGCCCUGGUGUCUGUGAUGGGGAUGAAGUGCACCCACUUUGCCAACGGUUCGUCUGUCAAGAUUGUGUUGGUGCUUAGCGGGGGGAUUUGCUUCCUCUGCGCUGGCCUGCUCUGCCUGGUCACAGUGUCCUGGACCACCAACGACGUCAUCCUGGACUUCUACGACCCCUUCCUCCACAGUGGGAUGAAGUACGAGAUCGGCCUGGCCGUCUAUGUGGGAUUUGCCUCAGCCUGCCUCAGUCUGACUGGAGGACUGGUGCUGUGCUGGAGCAGUGGCAGUGCCAUGGCAGCCAGGAAUCUCCUUCCUGUGCCGAGGAAUCAGCCGUCAUCACCUCCUCAUCCUCCCCACCCUCCUCAUCCUCCCCCCGUCUUCAGCACCAUCUAUCCCCCUGCUCCUCCUUACAAGUCCCCUGAGGCCCUGAGGGAUAACCGUGCCCCCUCAACUCUCUCCGUCUCCAGCAGUGGCUACAGGGUCAGUGACUACGUCUAGGAGGAGAGAGGAAUAUACUAACAGAGUAACAGUAAAAGAACAGUGACCAAAUAUGAAAACAUCAAAUGUCAGCUAAACAAUUCUCUGCCUUAUUUUUUCAAUAUCUCUGGGUAUUUUUUCAUGCCCUCUGUACCCAUAAUUCAAACAGUGAAAAAAUGGGAAAAGGAUAUUUUAAUGUCAAGGAGAAAGCGUACUGCAGGUGGGUAGAUGUUGCCCCAACGAAUAAGUGCUAUUUGUGGUAGUAUUACAAUACUUAUUUGGAAAAAGCACCUCAUUUUAUCAAAUUUGCAAGGGAACCGAUUUCACAUUCGCAAGGGUAUCACAACUUGCCAAAGUGUCGAAGUGUCAUUUGAAUUUUAUCAGGUUGGAGGUGAGUCAAGCAAAGCCUUGACCCGGAUUCUAUCAGCACAUAUGGUCUCCAAUUUCCAAAUUCCAGUUUAAAGUCAGUAAAGGCAGAGGAGGACUGUUUAGCUGAUGUAUGGGUGAAGAAAAACAGAAAAGUGGUGUAAAAACUAAAUACCAGAAGGUGGCAGUAUAUUCCUGCAAAUACCAACAAAACUGAGAGGAGAGACUAUUCUGCAUGACAAAUGCCACAAGACAUCUAGGGGACACUUGAUUUCUGCUGAUUAAUCAGUUUCAUCAUGCAUUACUUUGAAAAACCUUAACAUAUCUUUGUCCUUAUAUACGCUCUUGGUUUUUGGCUUGUUCUUGUCUACAAAAGGUCUGAAAAAUAGGCUUCUCUAUUUUUUUUUUUUUUUUAACAGAUCAAGUUAGUUAACCCUGCCAAGAGUUUUCUGCUGUAUGUAAUAGGAAUUACGGUUUCAGUAUGCUAUGCUGUAACAUUCAUAUCAACAGGUGACCAAACUGGGCUGAAACUUGGAAACUUAUAAUUUUGUAUAAUGUAAUAUAAUUUUUAAUUAAACUGAUGACGUUUGUACCUGUA